GUGUGCGGGUGCGAAUGGAAAUCUCUGCUCAACCUUGUCCAGAUCGUAGUGCAACUGCAAGCCAAUUUUCCUCCAAGUGAAACCAUCCGAACGAUGAAGCGGUCUCACGUCGGCGGAGUGACCUUUUGGAGGAGGUAAAAAUAAAGCAGUGGAUUUAUAGUGCAUGCAUAGUGUAUGUGUGUGUGUGUGUUGGAGGGAUGGAAAGUUGGAAAAGUUCGCAAUUAUGUUGCAGUCAUGCCGCUCAAGUGAACCAAACAGAGGAACGUGAUAAGCUGUUCCGCGAAUCCCUGCACGGGCAAAUGAGGUGAAAGCGAAGCGAUAUCGCACUCUCUCUAUCGCCCCUCCAGACAUCGUACUGGGUUGGAGCAAAACGUGUUAAACAGAACCGUGCUUUAGUCGAGUUUUUGGGCCAUGCUAGAAUCAAAUCCUUGAAGGGUGUUUUGCAUGAGUAUGAAAUGUGCGGCAAAUAGCUUCCGGCGGCCGGAACGAGCAAAGUCUAGGUGUUAAUGAGAAAUCUUUCCACGGCACAGAGUGUUCGGUGUGUUGGUGUUGGCAAAAGCAAACGAAUCUCGAAAAGCCGUGAGCAUAGAAGCGUAAAUAAUUCAAGCCAGACGAUCGGAAUGCAAGGACACCGCGCGCUAGCGUUUUCCAAUCGACAGCAGAAGCAGUGUGGCGAAGUAGGCGGCGAACAUAUCACGCUGAAAACCGCGUCCCCGGGAAAGCAGAAGGCAAGCCCGAUAGAGCUCCAAUAGCAACAGCGCGCAUCGUCGAUUGCUACGGAAUGAUAAAAACGUAAGUAUGGGAAAGCUAAUACGAAACCAAAGUCCCAAAUCCCUCCACCCAGCCUCCUACACGUACAGUGACACAUUAGCACAGUCGGGACGAGGAAACGAGGACGGGGAGAGCUGUGUGUAUUGUCGGAGAUAGGGAGGAGACCAAAUGAAUUGGUCGAAGGAUAAAGCAUGCUGACGACGGGCCAGCGCGCCAAGUAGUGUCAAGGAAGGCUGGAAAAACGAUUUGCUCUUCGGCUUAUGGCAGAUACGAUACCGCACGCGGAAAAAGGUGGUGGCAGGCAAUCGGUUUUAUUAGUCAAAGGCGGCUUGAAACACGGGAUUCAAAAAUGCAUUAUUUGAUUAAGCACUUCCGGUUUCGGUAGACCCCACGACCAAGAACUGGGUGAGGCGACAGAGAAGGGACGGUGUUGAUCGGAUCGGUGCAGGAAAGGGGGAAACCGGUGGCAGUAAAGCCUCCGGCCGACCGGGGGUGGGUGUGCGACGGUUUUGGGGGAGACGAUGGUAACGAUGACCACGGAAGUUGAUAAAGACAAGGCAGUGACAGUAGUGAUAAGUGCACCGAAAAAGAUGAACGUAAACCGCAACGAAAAGGACAUAGAGCGGGACCGGGAAAUGGUGGCGGGACAUGAAGGUGGUGGUAGUGCCGAGGAGGGUGAGGGUACAGUUAUUAUCGUACCGGUGUUACAGCAGGGCGGCCCAACGGGGAAUAGUAUCGGUGCGCCACCACCUGUCAGUACUAGCAGCAGUACUAGUACGGCAACGGCAACAACGACGGUCGCGGUGACCUCCUGUACGGGUGCGUCCGCUGCUGGUUCGAGCGGGUCGUCCGGUAAACCGAGCAGCCAACCCUCCCACGCCCAGGCAACUCAGGCGGCACUGAAUCAGGAUGCGCCGAACAUUUUAGUAUAUAAAAAGAUGGAAGCUAUCGUCGAGCGGAUGCAGGGUGAGGAGGGUGGCGUCUCGGUACGCACCAUCAAAGCCUUCAUGAGCAAAGUACCGUCCGUAUUCACUGGUGCCGAUCUGAUCGCGUGGAUUAUGAAGAAUCUCAGCAUAGACGACGUGAACGAGGCGCUGCAUCUGGCCCAUCUGCUCGCGUCCCACGGUUACCUGUUCCCGAUCGAUGACCAUCAGCUGACGGUGAAGAACGACGGUACGUUCUACCGCUUCCAAACACCGUACUUCUGGCCCUCGAAUUGCUGGGAACCGGAAAACACCGACUACGCCGUGUACCUGUGCAAGCGCACGAUGCAGAACAAGACGCGCCUGGAGCUGGCGGACUAUGAGGCGGAAAAUUUGGCCAAGCUGCAGAAGAUGUUUUCGCGCAAAUGGGAGUUUAUCUUUAUGCAGGCGGAGGCACAGAGCAAGGUGGACAAAAAGCGGGACAAGCUGGAGCGUAAGGUGCUGGAUUCGCAGGAGCGUGCAUUUUGGGACGUUCAUCGGCCGAUGCCGGGUUGCGUCAAUACGACCGAGGUCGAUAUCAAGAAGGCGUAUCGGCGCGGUGCGUCCAGCCUUGGGUCAGGUUCGUCUGGGACGGCCGGCAACAGCAAUCCGGUGGAGCAGCUGACGCGCCAGAUAAAGCUGCUAAAGUUGAAGCUCGAGCGACGCACGAUCAAAAUCUCCAAAGUGGCCGAAUCUUACACUUCAUAUUUUGAGCAAUACAAUGAGUACGAUAGCUUUCUAAACCCACCCGAUCAACCGAACCCUUGGAUCACGGACAAUACCGAGAUGUGGGACGCCGAUCGAACUGCCAAAGACGUAUCGCUGAAGCGUGUAAAGCGAUGGGGCUUUAGCUUGCGUGAGCUUUUGAACGAUCCCGUCGGUCGGGAACAGUUUUCAAAAUUCCUGGAUAAAGAAUUUAGUGGUGAAAAUCUCAAGUUCUGGGAAUCGGUACAGAGCAUGAAGGCACAACCACAGUCCAAGGUGAAGGAUGCGGCCCAUGCCAUCUAUCUGGAGUUCCUUGCCCCGGACGCACCCUGUCCCGUGAACGUGGAUUCGAAAUCGAUGGAAUUGGCACGGGAAGCGGUUAGCAGCUCGGCACCACCGAAUCGCUGGUGUUUCGAUGUGGCUGCCGCCCACGUGUAUCAUCUGAUGAAGAGUGACUCCUACUCACGCUACCUGCGCUCCGACAUGUACAAGGAGUAUCUGAACGGAUCGAAAAAGAAGAUCAAAUCCAUACCGAAUCUGUUCGGUGUGAAGCGCUAAGGAGUAUGAGCACCCCCGAUAGAACACUGAGAAGUAAUCUUACUUCCGCAAAGCGACCCACAACAGGCGUUCGUUAUUCAAAUUUUAAUGAUGGGAACGUGGCAGAGGCACUGAUAUCGUACUCCUCGAAUGAAUAGAAUGUAUAAGGUAGAAUAGGUUAAACCGGCUUGUUAUAUUUUCGUUUCGAUCGAAGACAUAUGCGUGCUAGUGUGUGUUCAUAGAACGUUUGUUUUCGCAUCAGUGACCGCCAUAGCAGAUUGAUAAGCUAAUAAGUAAGCAAAAGCGUGAGGUGGAAUGAAGUUAUACCACACACGCACACAAACGCACACUCACGAAACAUGCGUUUCGUGUUUAUUGAUGCCAUUUAGUGUAAACGGAAUUGCCAGUCAAGCGGGCAGAGACCGCCAGAUACCAAUAGCAAAGCAACAACCAACCCAAAAUGCAACCAAACUAAGGAAUUGUUGAUGAAUUUCAUCGAACAGAUAGCGUUUAUUUCGUAUGCGUAUCGCGAAUAGAUGCGUUUAGCAUUACGAUGUAUCUCAUGUAGCGUAAAAGAGAAACUAGUGAAAUAUCUAUAAUAUGUAAGGGACUGUGAGGAAAAUGGUAGAAAGGGGCAGGAAAACGAAGCGCUAAGAAGUGCAGUGAGAACGGGUAGCAAUGCCAUUAGAAUAAUUCAAAAACAGAUACAAUGCAUGUAGGUAUAAAUGGAAACGCAACAACAACAAGACAAGAGCAAAUAUUAUUAUAUUAAAAAAAUAUAUAUUAUACAAUAUCAUAUACACAUGGAUCGCCCCUCACACGUAUAAACCCACCCAUCCAACCACAUCGUGAGCCAUAUGAGCUGGAAAACCCCCCGGCCUGCCAGCGAUGGGAAGGAAACGAUUUAAAACGAAUACCACAGUACGCACACACAGACACACAAAUAGCCUGAACUGUAAACAUUCCUAGAGGAAAGCAUUAGCACGUGGAAGCGCCGUGCCGGGAUGUCCUAAUGGGAGGGACGACAGGGGUUUACAGUGCGGAAACAUAAGUGAGAAGAUACCAGUAAACUAGAACUGUAGCGUAUAGUAUUGAUUGACAACAAUAACACCGAAUGGAAGGGUAGAAACAAAACAAAAAUGUUACAAUACUAUUACAAAUCCGUUAGAACACAAGAGGAGACCGUUCAUUAUUAUAAUGGAAUAA